AUAGGUACUAGGUCGGCAUGAGCCAAGCAAGGGAUGGAUCCAAUGUCAAUUGUGCAGUUAACAUCGUAAUCAACGAUGAUUUUUCUUCUCGGAUGAUAUCCCAUGCUCUUGCCCGCUAAAUUGCGCAGAGGUUGCACCAAUCUUACUAAUUCCACUCUCUAUGAUGCUUUGCUGUCCUCAUAACCACGCAUAAGGAAUCAUGGUCUCGCAUACGAACCGCCUCUACCUGCGUCGCCUCCUACGCUCACGCUUCCCCAAGAUAGUCUUCAUCCUCGUCGUCAUAAUCAACGUUCUCGAUGUCCUUCGAAUUCAUAGAAACCUCCUCGAUGCCGAUCGCACUCCAGCCCCGAAGCUCUCGCAGCCUCCCGGGCGCAUCUAUAUCGCAAGCAUGCACUUCAACAACGAGCGCGUAAUUAGAGACCACUGGGGUCCUGCGGUGAUAGAACUUUCAAAGCUUUUCGGGCGAGAGAAUGUCUUUGUUAGCGUGUAUGAGAGCGGGAGCUGGGACAAGACUAAAAGGGAGCUGCACCACAUGGAUCAGGAGCUCGAGAGACUGGGAGUUCCCCAUCGUGUGGAGUUGUCGGAUGUCACGCAUAAAGAUGAGAUUGAGAAUCCGAAUAAGGGAGAAGGCUGGAUCGACACACCUAGGGGGAAGCGUGAGUUGAGAAGGAUACCGUUUCUCGCAAAGCUGAGAAACAGGACGUUACAGGACUUGAUAGACCUAUCCAAGAAAGGAGAGCAUUUCGAUAAGGUUCUCUUUCUCAACGAUGUCGUCUUCACGACAGACGAUGUGCUCAAGCUCCUUGGCACGAAUGGCGGCGACUACGCUGCAGCUUGCUCGCUUGAUUUCUCGAAACCGCCGCAGUACUAUGAUACAUUUGCACUGAGGGAUACAAAUGGACAGGCGCAUGCGAUGCCUACCUGGCCGUAUUUCAAAGGCAGUGUUUCGAGGAAUGCUCUUGUUAAUCACUUAGAUGCUGUGCCUGUUGCGAGCUGCUGGAAUGGAAUUGUUGCCAUGCCCGUAGAGCCUUUUACUUCAUCGUCGAAGCUGCGCUUCCGAGGUAUUCCAGACUCUUUAGCUGAACACCACCUCGAAGGCUGCGAAUGCUGCCUUAUCCACGCCGACAAUCCCCUCUCCAAAACUAGAGGUGUAUACCUCAAUCCUCAUGUCCGCGUAGGCUAUAACCUACGCGCUUACCAAGCCGUGCAUCCCGAACAAGGCGCAUGGGUGUCGACAUGGCAGAUCUUCUCCGGUCUCUGGACCAACCGCAUAAUGCGAUGGGUAUCAUCACCGUUUGACGCAUGGGUGGUUAGGAGACGUGUUGCGGAGUGGGAGAAAUUAGGGGGGAGAGAAUCUGGCGAGUUUUGCCUGAUUAACGAGAUGCAGGUUCUUGUUGAAAGAGGUUGGGCACAUGUUUAGAUAUUUGGUAGCGAGAAGGAAAGGAAUUGGUGUUCUAGGGCAUGCAGAAAGAUACUCUGAUCUUAAAGAAACGCCCAAUGAUAUUAUGCAACAUGGUUCCGGCAUACUAUCUUCCGUAUCUGAAUGCCAGAUCAAAUAGCCAGCGACUUUUCUCCUAACAUCUACAUCUGGGAUCAACCCUCUCCUCUCUCAAGUCGUUUCCUUCCCAUUGUCUCUUUUGCUGAGAUCAACUCGACCAGGCACGUCUUUCAAUCACGUUACCAAUCGGACUGGGGAGAACCUAGAACUCGAUGUCCUGGGCUUAUUUGCGGUCGAGCAGGUAGGUGGAUCAAAGUUGGUCGACCAACUGGAGACAAUAGUACCGAUCGCACAGCGGUAGACCUUGCCUCUUCCUUCUAGUCUUCGUCUUCCUCAUCUUCACCCUCACACCUGUCUUCGGUGGUCUCGACUAUAGAUACAACACCAAAUGCAAGAGAUAAAGCGUUUAAGGAACUCUCAGAGUCUGAAGAGAAGUCCUCUAUAGGAGAGGGACUAGCAAGUGACGCGUGAGGCUACAAAGCUUCACAAAAACCGCCAGCUACAAUCGGAAGGACUCUGCGAGGGUUUUUGAAACCCUGGCCAUUAAGGCCACAGCUCUUAUUCUCCCAUGUAAUUUUUCAUCUGAAUUAUCAUUGGGCUCAGAAGAAGAUGGCAGAAGGAACCCGGGCAGCUUAGCUAUGGAGGUCACAGCUUUCAUCCCCAUGCCUGAUUCGUCGUCUGGUUCCUCAUCGGACUCAGAAGAUGACGAUAGGAAGGGCCAGCGAACCAUAUCUACAGUAAGGGGAGUAGCCUCAUCUGGGCUUAGGUAAACUGGGGUGCUUAACAUAGGACUACUAGAGAGGAUAGGAGCGUUGUCGUCAAAAUGACUUAUGGGCGGGAUGGAAUACCCGUUCUCAACCUAUCCAAAACUCGAGAAGUCGAAACUCCUUGCUGUUGGGGGGGGGGGGGGGGCCAAGAGGCUGGCCAUGAGACUCCCGGAUCAUACCCUGAUCACGCAUUCUAGCCAAGUGGUAGCGGUUUGUACGAAGUGGUAUCCGUGCAACCAGAACUUCACUAGGAAGGUUUUCCAUCGAGUAAGCCCAUCUUUCCCAGGUUGAUCUGCUUUCAGGGAUGCUCCAGUCAACCAACAAAUAAGUCUCGUUAUACACUGACGUGGCCAAAUGAGAUACGAUAUGACUUUUUCCCACCCUCCUCGUGCUCGGGGGCAUUGAUCUUGCUGUCGACCAGCGACGGAGGAAUUUCGAGUCCGUUCAUGGAAAGGCAUUUUGUUGGAGUGGUUUGGCCAGGUUGUAGAAGAGAAAGGUCUUUGGCAAAAGAGAUUGAAUGUUGACGGCGUUCUUAUUGUACCUAGUAUUUUACCGGAAAAGAGAAAGUGUUCCAUUUAUUCAAUAGAAUAGAGGCAGGAG